UUAUGGCUUGGCCUGAUGUUGUGUUCCCCUGUGCCUCCCACACUGGGCCCCACGAAGCUUGGGCCCAGCACCCACCAGCCACAUUGCCAGGAGUCCCGCUGCUUUGGCUCUCACAGAACAAGCCAUGCCCUGGGGAAAGAACUCCUCUCUCCACUGGGGACACCAUCUGGGGUGCCUCCCCUCUGCCUCUGCCUGCCGGGUCUGGGAGCCCCACUCCCGCCCAGCCUGGGAGACCCAUCAACCAUCACCACUGCUCUGCCGAGACAUGGCCCUGCAGAAUGCCAUCUACACCGGAGACCUGGCAAGACUGCAGGAGCUGUUCCCCCCGCACAGCACAGCCGACCUGCUGCUGGAGAGCCAGGGCGCAGAGCCUCGCUGGAGCAGCCACCAGAGGGGCUGGUGGAGAAGCCCAGCAGAGGGUCUGAGGAGCACCCCAAGUCUGGCCCGGGACCCAUCGUCACCCGCACGGCCUCAGGACCUGCCCUUGCCUUCUGGCAGGCAGUGCUGGCUGGGGAUGUGGGCUGUGUCUCCCAUAUCCUUGCAGACUCCAGUACUGGCCUGGCUCCUGAUUCCAUCUUUGAUACCAGCGACCCAGAGCGAUGGAGGGAUUUCCGCUUCAACAUCCGUGCUCUGAGACUCUGGUCUCUGACGUAUGAAGAGGAGCUGACCACCCCACUGCAUGUGGCAGCCAGCCGUGGCCACACCGAAGUCCUGCGGCUGCUGCUGAGGCGGCGGGCAAGGCCAGACAGUGCCCCUGGGGGCCGCACUGCCCUGCACGAGGCCUGUGCUGCAGGCCACAGUGCCUGUGUCCAUGUGCUGCUGGUGGCGGGAGCUGACCCCAACAUCGCUGACCAGGAUGGGAAACACCCCCUGCAUCUCUGCCGGGGGCCUGGCACCCUUGAGUGUGCAGAGCUGCUCCUCAGGUUUGGAGCGAGAGUGGAUGGUCGGUCCGAGGAGGAAGAGGAGACCCCUUUGCAUGUGGCUGCCCGGCUUGGCCAUGUGGAGCUGGCAGACCUGCUUCUAAGACGGGGGGCAUGUCCUGAUGCCCGUGAUGCCCAAGGCUGGACUCCACUGCUGGCUGCCUGUGAUGCCCGCUGCCAGUCCACUGCUGAUGCAGAGGCCACCACCGCCCGCUGCCUGCAGAUGUGCAGCCUGCUGCUUUCAGCUGGAGCAGAUGCCGAUGCUGCCGACCAGGACAGGCAGCGACCCCUGCACCUGGCCUGUCGCCGUGGCCAUGCAGCUGUCGUGGAGCUGCUUCUGUCCUGUGGCGUCAGCGCCAAUGCCAUGGACUAUGGGGGACACACGCCCCUGCACUGUGCUCUGCAGGGCCCAGCUGCAGCCCUGGCCCAGAGCCCUGAGCAAGCGGUUCGGGCUCUGCUCAACCACGGCGCAGUCCGCUUUUGGCCAGGGGCCCUCCCCAAGGUCCUGGAGCGCUGGAGCACGUGCCCUCGGGCCAUCGAGGUCCUGAUGAACACCUACAGCACCGUGCAGCUUCCGGAGGAGGCUGUGGGCCUGGUGUCUCCUGAAACUCUGCAGAAACAUCAGCGUUUCUACUCCUCCCUCUUUGACUUGGUGAGGCAGCCCAGGUCGCUGCAGCAUCUGAGCCGCUGUGCGCUCCGCUCCCACCUGGAAGGCAGCCUGCCCCAUGCACUGCUCCGCCUCCCCCUGCCACCAUGCCUGCUCCGCUACCUGCAGCUGGAUUUUGAGGACGUGCUCUACUAGGUGAGCCCUGGGAUCUAUGAGUGGUCACAGCUGCUUGGGGGGGUCCAGAGAUGGGUGGGAGGAAAGAGAAGCACUGGGGAGGGCCCUGGCCAGAACCGGCACCAGAAGCCUCUGAAUCCGAACCUCUCCUUCCAGAUGUCCACAGCCUUUUGAGAGGGCCUGAAAGCAGAUGCCCCAGCCUGCAGAGGGCGCUCCUCUGCACCAACUCAGGCCAGGUAGCCCUGGCAGCAGGAGGCCCAGCUCCACAGGCUGGAGGAUUCUCCAUGCACAGAGGUGGACCCACCACGACAGCCAGGUGAUGCCUGAUGAAGACACACUCCUGUCGGGGCUCUCCCAGGCCCCCUUCUAGCCUGUGCAAACCCUGUAUGUGCAUUAAAAUUCUCCAGGUCUGUGUUUA